CUGAAGUUUUUCGUCCGCGGCCAGAUGGCAGUAACAUAUUGAAUGAAUAAGGAAAUUAGGAUGGAAACAUGGUUUAUGAAUACGUGUAAGAUUAGGGAAGCAAAUGCACAUUUAGCCGCAUUGCAUCGACGGGUUGCCGAACUGGAGGAGAGGCUCGAGGCAGCAGAGAACACAGUGCGCGAGCAAGCUGAAAGCCUCAUUCGGAAGGAUGACCAGCUCAGGACUGCUACUCAGGAGAUAACAGAGGCCAAAGACAGAGAGAUAUCCUACCUCCACGAGAAGCUCUGCCAUUCCGAGGAAACGAUCCACAAGUUUCAGCACACAGUGAAGGAGAAGGAUGCUCUUCUUGGCCAGCUGCGACACCGGUGCCAGCUCUUGGACAACAUCUGCAAAAGCCGCCCAUUGCUGGACAAGAUGCUGUCACACAUGGCGGAAGCUGAGCGAAUGGGGCCUGUUGUUGACCUGGGUGAGACCGCCAUCAACUCUUCUCUGACGGACGGCGAGUCCAGCUGCAGUCCCAACCGAGUGGCCAAUCACAAGGACUUCUCCCUCAGCGAGGACGAUCUGGACGACCAGGAGUUAGACGGAGUUGUAUUUGGGACCACUGUUUGAGACAAAUCCUUUUACUUGAUUUAUUUAAAUUUUGUCAUUGGCAUGCAGACCCUGAGUACCACCACCACCACAUGACUUCAUGUAUCAGGCAGCAUUGCAAGUAUUGUAAUGGUUGUUGUGGGGGUCAUUGUUAAGGUCAAGUUGCCUAAUGCCUAGUUUUAAGUUUUGUUACCACAAUUUAUGUUUUGAGGUUGCCUGACAUGAAAGAGUUUGUUCAUAGAACAGUUCUAAUGUAGAGAACUGAAACUAGAGUUAAAUGAGUGCACUAGGUAAACUAUGUGAAAUGAGUACACAGGGAAUAAACGACUUACUCAACCUAAAUUAUUUUAGAUCGUAUAUGUAAUUGCAAUGGUUAAGUGGUAAGUGCAAUGGUUUGUUUGUGAAAUGGACCAAAAUAUUCUAAAUGUAUGCUGGUUUGGAGAAGUAGGUCAGGCAGACCAGCAAUGUAAGUCUUCUUUUUUUUCUUCUACUUUUAAACAAUAUUUAAUUAGCUUGUUUUAAUUACAAAUCUCAAGUCAAAACAGGAGAGCAUUUACAGUGUAAUGCAGCAUACUGUAAAGGCUGACGUUGGUUAAUGUUUCAUAUAACUUAACACAUGCAUUGCUAUCCUUUUAUGCAUUCAUCGUGACAUUAUAUUAACAUAAGAAGCCUUCAUGAAAUCUAAGUAUUGAGUUAGUAAGCCACAUAGGCAGGGUUGGCAGAUUGGGUACAUUUCCUGACCAAUUGGGUUGCUUGGGAUGGCCAUCUGCAGUUAAAAAUGCUUUGCCCAGGGUUUUCUGUAGAUUUAUACAAAGUAAUGGAAUUUAGUUGAAAUCGGGUAGGAUUUAGUACCUCUGGGUGAGUUUUGAGAAUUUAUUGGACUGGAAAUUCAGUCGCAUCUGGCAAACCUGUACAUAGGAUUAUCUUUCUCAUAGAUUUGUGAAACAUUCUGAAAUGUCAGCUGCUCAAGUGUUGAAAAUAACACUUAUUCCAAAUGGCCUUGACAGACCCUCAUAUGUUCAAACCAAACCCACCAACCCCACCCCACUGAAUUCUUUGUUGAACUCAAUGUAACACUGUCUGCACACUUUGGAGUUCUGUUCUCAGUUUACUGCUCUGCUGUUACUUGCUGUAAUCUGUCCUGUUACUUGUCGAGAUGGGUCAUAGUUCAGUGCUUGAACUCCUGCAUGUGGUCUUGCCCUAUACCAAGAAUGCUUCAGUGAAGCAAGGUCUAUGCAAAUCUUAUGUUUGCUCUUUAUCUAAUAUGCUGCGCAUGACAAGGGCAGCGUUAUUAUAGUUAAAUCAACAGUGAUAACUUUGGGAGAAAAAGGUACAGCUAUUUUUGCAUCUGUUAUAUCUAGACAGCCGUGUGUAAUGUUGAGACACUUACAAUACAAGUAAUUUUACGUAAAUAAUGUCUGGUUAUUUUCUGGUAAAGACUUUGUAACGCACUGUAAAAGUUUACAGACGUGUCACAGGUCUUGAACCAUUAAGUGUGGAAUGAAAUUAUGUCCAAGACUUGAGUUCUGAUAAUUGGUCUGUGUUAUGUCAUGAAUAAACAUUCUGUUCAUUGAAAGCGCAAGGUUUC